AUGUCUGGGAAACCCAAGCUGCACUACUUCAAUGGACGAGGCCGAAUGGAAUCAAUACGGUGGCUUCUAGCAGCAGCCGGGGUUGAGUUUGAAGAAUGUUUUCUGGAAACAAAGGAUGAUCUGACAAAGUUACAGAAGGAUGGAUCCCUGCUGUUUCAGCAAGUGCCAAUGGUGGAGAUCGAUGGAAUGAAGAUGGUGCAGAGCAGAGCCAUUAGCAACUACAUAGCAACGAAGUACAACCUCUACGGGAAGGACCUGAAGGAGAGAGCCCUAAUUGAUAUGUAUGUGGAAGCAAUAAUAGACCUGAAUGAGUUACUCAUGACCCAUACUUUCCAACCAGCGGAUAAAAAGGAGCAACACUUUGCUACUAUUGUGGACAAGGCCACGAACAGAUACUUCCCAGUCUAUGAGAAGGUUUUGAAGGACCAUGGACAAGACUUUCUUGUCGGCAACCGGUUUAGCAGGGCAGAUGUGCAAUUGCUUGAAACCCUUUUAAUGGCAGAAGAGUGCAAGCCUGAUAUACUUGCCAAAUUUCCUCUCUUGCAGAGUUUUAAAGCAAGAAUAAGCAAUAUCCCCACAAUAAAGAAAUUCCUGCAGCCUGGCAGCCAGAGGAAACCACCACUGCAAGAAAAAGAUGUACCAAAACUGAUGAAAAUUUUCCACUGA